AUGGCUCUUCUGAAACUCACAAAAACUCGCGAAGAAGAUUUGCUGCGCGACAGCUCAUCUGAGCAGCAAGAGUUCUUCAUGCAAAGACCAACCGUCGAGAAGAAGCCAACGGAGGCUCCAAAAAUGCCGAACAACGUUGUUGCCCACGAGUUGCUUGCCGAUGGAUCCCGCAUGAAUCCAAAGAUCGAGAACUACUUGAACGCUCAACGUCUUCUCUCCGGAAAUGCUCAAGCAGAGCAACGCUUGCUUGAGCUCAACUCUGCUGCACAGAUUAAUCGAGGACCAGACGGUGUGUUCCAGUCGUCACGUCUUCACUUCGACAUGCUGCUCAACCGCGACGAGUCCAUUUUCCCAUCUGAUUAUCUCAACUUUGAUUCCAAGAUGAAGCGCUAAAUACGGCUGAUGUACUCUUUCCCUUCUCCGGAUUAUGAUUUUAUUUAUACAACCCUCUUUUUCCCGUGAAUUACCAUAAAUUAUUCUGUAAA